UUUUGCCGAAGAGAUUAAGUAGAGGGAUGGAGGGAGAAGAUAACUUCAUUUCCCAGACCUCUAAUGUCCUACCACAGUCAGAUAAAAGCCAUGUUAUCCUCGACCCAGUCAUUGCCAUAGAUUUGGCUGCCCCUCUUCCUGAUCUCCCCGCCUUAUCCUUGCCAGAAAACGCUGACGCUACCUACACUGACAUAAUUACGGCCAUGGAAGCUUCGGACAACAACGAAGAAAACGAUGAAUAUAUGUGUAUGGACCAAAGCAUCAGUGAGGCUCCUCUUAUAUCUGUCCCUACUCCAGACCCUGUAAGGGAAGAUUCACAGCCAGACUUUUUAUCAAUAGAGACAGAGACACGCACUACUAACACUGGAACUACACCUUAUGAAGUCCCUGUAUCCUUACGACUGCCAUCAGCUCGUGCUUCAUCAUCAUCAUUCCCUCUCUCCCCUCCUUCUCAGCCUCCUCCUUCUCCUCCACUUGGGCCUCCUUCUCCAUUCCAGCCUCCUCCUUCUCCCCUUCAGCCUCCUCCUCCUUCAUCACUCGAGGCACCUCCUUCUCCUCCUCCUUUUCAACCUCCUUCUUUCAUUCCUCCUCCUCCUCCUAUGUCUUCUCCUUCACCUCCUCCUCCUCAGCACAUCCCCCCACCUUUACAGAUCCCUCCAGUCGAAAGUCCUACAGAGGAGGUAUAUGAGGACAUUAUUCCAGAAGCGUCUCCAUCAUCAGUAGAAUCAGCCACCUAUGACAAUGCCAAUGAGCCUACAUCAUUGUAUAUGGCUAUUGAUGACCAGGACUCUCCUGAUGACACUUAUGAUGACAUACCUGCCAAUGAGUCAUAUGUUGAAAUAUUGCCGAAUAACCAGGUUCAAAUGACUGUGAGGCCACCACAAAAUCAACAAGCAUAUGUGGCUGAGAAUUCAAGCGAGACUACUGCUGUAUUGACAGGUCUUUCUGAAGAGGCUCCUCCAUCAUAUGAUGCUCUGUUUGGUGGCCCACCACCUCCAGCUCCAGCUCCUGCCCCAGGACCAACUUCUUAUGUUGCUCCUAGACAGGGCCAUGACAUUAGAGGAGCAUUUAGACCACCAGUUGUCUCUCAGACACCAGCACCCGUGCAAGUAAGUCGUGAUAUGCCUGAUAAUGGGGACGGUGAUGAAAACUGGUGCUUAAGCACUGUCAAUAGUAGCCCCAUCAAGACAGGAAUCUAUCUCUUUAUUUUCUUACUUGGUAUCUUUGUACCACUGGGAAUGCUAGGACUUGGCGUUGGGAUUUAUAUUACCGGAUCAUCUACAGACUCGACUAGUUUGUCUGGCAACGUUCCUAUAUAUCUUAUCGUGAUGGGAAGCUGCUCUUCCUUCUUUGUCUGCUGGCAUACUACAGCGCUUGUUUCUGGUGCUUAUAUUCGAGCUCACAACACUCCAAGGAGACAUUCGACCUCGUCUUGUUGUCUACGUGUAUUACAUUGUGGCGGUCUAGUCUGGUGGGGUGCACUAGGUUACUUAUCUUAUAUAGUCUAUCAAAUGAGAAAUGACAUUACUUUCGACCUCCUCACCAUAGCUCUGCUUGGUUUUAUCGUCUUCCAGUAUCUAAUGGUUCUCUAUUGCUUGCUGGAGGCUUUUGUUGACUGUCGCGUGUGUGUGAGGGAAAGGUGUAGGGACACUGACGAUGAUGAUAGAUUCUGAUUGUUGUUUUAUGUUCAUUUUUAUGUUUCAGUGUUGGUUGUUGUUCAUACCAAGAUAAUGAAUUUAGCUAUA